AUGGGUACAGCUAAAAAAGAGAAGCAGAGAAGAGUUAAGGAGAAUGACCUUAGAGAUGGUAAUCUUCGUGUCAAGGGUGAGAAUUUCUAUCGAGAUGCCAAGAAGGUGAAACAUCUGAACAUGUAUAAACAGGGCCGGGCCGUUCGUAAUGCCAAAGGUGAUAUUAUCAAGGCAGCUUACUUGCAAGACACUAAGGUCCCUACUGCUAGGGUAGAUCCAAAUAGACGUUGGUUUGGAAACACAAGAGUUAUUUCCCAAGACGCAUUGACACAUUUCAGAGAUGCUUUGGGAGAGAAGCAACAUGAUUCUUACCAAGUACUUUUGAAGAGAAAUAAAUUACCAAUGUCCUUGUUGGAAGAAAAGGAUGACACCAAGGCUGCUAGACCUAAUAUUCUGGAGACUGAAUCGUAUGAAAAGACUUUUGGUCCAAAAGCUCAAAGAAAGAAAGCUAACGUUGCCGCUUCUUCUUUGGAGGAAUUGGCAGCCAUAACUGAUGGCGAUCAUGUUAAAUACCAAGAGCAACUGGAAUUGAAUUCUACUCUUGGUCUUAUGGGAGAGAAUGACGAAGAAGAUGGUGUUUCAACAGAAGCCAAGGAAGCCAUUUUCAGCAAGGGACAAUCUAAAAGAAUCUGGAAUGAACUUUAUAAAGUUAUUGACUCUUCUGAUGUCGUCAUCCAAGUAUUGGAUGCUAGAGACCCACUCGGAACACGUUGUGAAGUAAUUGAAAAGUAUAUUAAGAAAGAGUGUGCCCAUAAGCAUCUGAUUUUUGUUUUGAACAAGUGUGAUUUAGUACCUACAUGGGUAGCAGCUGCAUGGGUUAAGCAUUUGUCCAAAUUUCACCCAACCUUGGCAUUCCAUGCUUCAAUUACAAACUCAUUUGGAAAAGGAUCUCUGAUUCAACUUUUGAGACAGUUUUCAGUAUUGCAUCAAGAUCGUAAACAGAUCUCUGUCGGUUUCAUUGGGUACCCAAACACAGGGAAAUCUAGUAUCAUUAACACAUUGCGUCGUAAGAAGGUCUGCCAGGUGGCUCCCAUUCCCGGAGAGACCAAGGUGUGGCAGUAUAUCACCUUGAUGAAACGUAUUUUCCUGAUUGAUUGUCCUGGUAUUGUGCCACCAUCAACCAAAGAUACUGAGACAGACAUUCUUCUACGAGGUGUUGUAAGAGUAGAGAACGUUUCUAAUCCUGAACAGUUUAUUCCUAGUGUUCUGAAGCGUUGUAAAAGACAACAUAUAGAGAGGACAUAUGAGAUCAGUGGAUGGGAGGAUACUACCGAUUUCCUUGAGAUUCUAGCCAGAAAAUACGGAAGACUUCUCAAAGGAGGCGAGCCUGACGAAACCAGUAUUGCCAAGCAAGUGCUCAACGAUUUCAACAGGGGUAAGAUUCCAUGGUUCGUGCCACCGCCCGAAGAUACUGAAACCAGAGAAGGUGAAGAUAAGAAAGCCCAUCAUAAGAGAGCCCGUGAGGAACGUGAAGCCGCCAAAAAUGCUGAGACUACCGAACAGUUGCGUUUAAGGGAAGACGAAAAGGAUCUCGAAGAUACUGAAGUAAAAUUAGAUUAG